AUGGAAAAGACAAAUUCAGGCAUCAUUGCUGUCGGUGAAGAACGCUGGAUUCCAGGAUCACGACGUGCCGAUGGAUCGUAUCGUAAAGAGCGUAAAGUACGACCUGGAUUCACACCAUUAGAAGACUUGCAACGUUAUGCAUCACCAGCAGCACGACGACAACAGGAAGCAGCAACACCUCCACCUGCUCCAGAGAAAAAGAAGCCUACUCACGGUGACCAACCUAAGCCCACAUCGGAUGCUACAGCUGAACAACGAAAGAUCAAGGCUUUGCAAAAGAAGCUAAGACAAAUUGAAGAGUUGGAGCAAAAGAUGAUCCGUGGCGAGAAGUUGGAUGAAAACCAAGUAGACAAGGUCAAGAAAGGAAAGGCUGUGCGAGAUGAAUUAGCACAGCUUACAGCUUCCAGCAGUUAG